AACAAUACUCAUGCUCCAUUUUCUCCCUCACAUCCAACUCCGUUUAAAAGUAUCCAACAAAGUAUUCAUUUGGCAUCCUACAACAAACCCUCAAUCUUUGAUUCUCCGAGCUUAACAAUAUGGAAGAAGGUAACAGAGGCACCAUCAUGAUCACAAACGAUGAUGGAAUCGACGCACCUGGCCUCAGAGCUUUGGUUACCGCUCUCGUCGCCACCAAUCUUUACGAUAUUCAAGUUUGCGCUCCUGAUUCUGAGAAAUCAGCAGUUAGUCAUUGUAUUACUUGGAUUCAUCCUAUUGCGGCCAAGAAAGUUCACAUUGAUGGAACCACGGCUUAUGCAGUUUCUGGGACUCCAGCUGAUUGCACUUCUCUGGGAAUUUCCAAAGCACUUUUUCCUACAGUAGCUGAUCUGGUAUUAAGUGGCAUAAACAUGGGUAACAACUGCGGUUAUCACAUUGUUUACUCGGGCACAGUUGCUGGAGCUCGAGAGGCAUUCUUCUAUGAUAUACCUUCUAUCUCCAUUUCAUAUGACUGGGCUAAAGCAACAAGUAACCUACAUGACUUCACCCUUGCCGCGCAAGCAUGCUUACCUAUCAUAAGUGCUUUACUGGCUGAUAUAAAGAACCAAAGAUACCCUCAAAAGUGCUUUUUGAAUAUAGAUAUUCCAAGCAAUGUUGCUAAUCAUAAGGGGUACAAGUUGACUAAGCAGGGUAAAAGUAUAAUCAAAAUGGGAUGGAAGCAAAUCGCUUCUGAGACGGAAGGGCGAAAAAUGUCAUCUGAUAUGACCUCUACAGACAUAGCAGCACAUUCAGAUUUUAACGCGUCAUCUAUAUCACCUGAAAGUCUUUUAUUUGCAAGAGAAGUAAGAGGUGCUCAACAUGAUCAUGAUGAUUCUGAUCAUAAAUUUUUGCAGGAAGGAUAUAUUACUGUCACCCCUCUUGCUGCUAUCUCUCAGGCGGAGGUAGAUUGUCAAAACUAUUUUAAGGAUUGGCUACAAAAUGUCUUGGAAUCUCCCUCUUCGAUGGCUCUAUAAUGCUGACUGCAGGAGUAUUAUGAAAUUAAUGCUCUCACUUUUUAUUUUGCAGGAGUGUUAUGAAGGGGGCUUCAUACUUUCAUUAGAUUACAGAGGUUCAAAUUAGCAAUAAAACCGGGUGGUAAAAAAGUGCCGAAAUACCUUUAACACUCUAGCUAAGAAUAAUUUUUGCUUCAUAUUUUUCAUUGUAUAUGAGAGAUGUUAGCUCAGUGAUAAGAAUUUGACAUUGCGAACUCAAGAAACAAAGUUCAAAUCUCAUCCGAGACAGUUAUAAAAUAGUUAUAGAAUAGUUAUAGAAUAGUUCAAAUCUCGUCUUAUGAUAUAUGAAUGUCUAUUUUCUUUAGAUUAUUCUAAUUUUUGAAGUGAUUUCUACUCAAUCAAGUGCUAAGUUGUUUAGAUUUCUAGUGUUUUUGCUAAGGUAUGCAUGUUGUCAGUGUCACUGCUACAUUAUUGUCUGGUGGCACAAAAAGACUUUUUCUAUGAAACUUGCGUCUUGCUAUGUGAUUUGAAAUGAAAGGCCUAAUUUAUCAAAUUUCUAUAACCUAACAACUUGUGAUUGACUAGGCUAUAGCUUGAGCUUUCACAAGUCAACAUCAACAAGGAAAAUCCAUGUAAGAAACCACCUUUUAAACAGCUUAUAAUAGACAGCUUAACAAGCAAAAAAAACCAUACAAAGAAAAACAACUCAAGAAAUGCUUCUGUGAUUACCCUACCU